AUUAAUUUGAAGAUAAAAUAUAUAUUGAAAUAAAAUUUUGGUGAAAUUGAAAUACACAUAUAACUUUAUCAUAUAAAUAUUAUUAUUUAUUUUGCUAAAAACAGUAAUUUAUAUCGCAUCUAUAAUUAUAAUGUUGUUCUAAAUUUCAUAAUGAUACUCCUUUGCUUUCUUGAACUCUUCAGCACAAAUGGUUAACUCAUAAGACAGCCACUGGACAGCGGCUUGAGAAGACGCAGGGUGCGACCCCUCCCUCAUCUGCUUCCGCAGCUCCUCCAGCUCCUUUCGCAAGGCCGCCAGCUCCAUCCCAGUUUCAACGCUCUCCACGGCAGGCUCCACCGACAUCGUAGCGGCUUCUGCCCUAGCCGGUGAGAGUAUUCUCUUCUCCAUGUCUUUCGGGGAAAGAGAGUGCCUCAAUCUCUCCACCUGCGCUUUCAACUCCCUAUUUUCUUUGGUGCACUCGUUCACCUGCUUCUUAAGCCCCUCGAUCUCCGCGACGCACCUGGCUAGGGACCUCUUGGCUUUUAGUUCGGCGCCGUAGGUUUUUUCUAGCUCUUCGGACAUCUCACUGAUGACGUCAUCCUUUCCUGCCAACAAUUCCAGGUAUGUUUCAUCGUCUUCUUUCUUCUCGCUUUUCUCCUCCUGGACCACUGGAGGAGGAUCCUUGCGUUCCUUCGCCGCCCUUCUCCUCCCCCGACGAGCAGUGUGGAUCUUGGGGGGUGUGGGUGCAAUCCCCGGAUCCUCGUCGUAGUCAUCGCAUCCUCCUCUAAGGCAUAACAGGCCUUUACCUUUUCCUCCCUCCAUCGCCUCGGUAACUAAUUUACCACUGCCGGACCCGGUAAUCCCGCAGCACCGGUGGCCAGCCGGAGCGCAUUGGCCGCUAGUUACAAACUUCUCAACUUGGGGCCCAGCUACCCCAGAGCGCCUGGCGUCAACGGGAGCGCAUGACAUACAAAAAGCAAAGGUCGACAUUAUCAUAAAGGUUUUCCCUCUUACGGGCGAGGGAACCCUACCUGGUCUCAUCAAACGGUAAUUUUUGAAAAGGUUUUCUUCCUUGCAGCCCCCGCCCCGAAGGACGGCGGCCCCCAGCCCCACACCACGUGUGGGGUUACGGGUUGGCCGGAGGCGACGCGGAGUUCGCGCCGCCACCGCCCUCACCGAUGGCGUUUCCACCUCGACCUAUAGAGUCUCGAUCACCGCUACCCGGGCUACGCAGGGCGCCGGCCGAGAGUCCCGUCGGGUGAUUUUUUUGAGAGGUUGUCUUCCUCGCAGCCCCCGCCUCCAAACGAAACAGUUCCUUUGCAGACGGCGGCCCUCGGCCCCGCACUAUGUGCAGGGUUACGAGCUUGACCCGACUGCCACUACCCGGGAUACCCAGGACGCCAUCCAGGUUUCCACAGCUGGGUUUGGUCCACGCUGGCCGAAGCCGGUACCUCCCAUCCGCCACAUAGAGAUCCGCCAUAUAGAGAAUGACAAGAAUAUACUGCUGUCAAAUUUAAGUUUAGGUUUAGAGAAUCAUGGUAGAAUCGACACCAAUAUCAACUUGGCAUCAACAUCAUAUUGACAUCACAUUGGGAUUAUAUCACUAAAGCAUAAUUGACCUGCAGGCAAGCCAAAGUGUAAACCAUAGAGGUAGCAUAAAAUCUCUGUAAUCUGUGAUUGUAAUGGCAACACUUCAAUUAACUUGUAAACAGUGAGUUUUUGGCGGGAUUUCAUCGAGUGCUAUUGGUAUCUUAUUUUAAUUAUUCUUAAAUUCGUUUACAGUGGAUAUUGGUGCCAAUUCUGGCGUGAUUCUCUAAACUUAAAACUAAAUUUAACAUCAGUCUCUCCUUUUCAUUCUGUAUAGAGAAUAACAAGGAUAUACUGCUGUCAAAUUUAAGUUUAGGUUUAGAGAAUCAUGCUAGAAUCGACACCAAUGUGAAAUAAAAUUGUUGUGAUUUUGUGUUAUAACUAUCAACUCGAUAUAUUUCGUGCCAAACACUCCAAGAAGCAUUAGAAUGCGUCACACCGACAUUCUAAUAUAAAAAAAAAAGAAUAAUUAAUACAAAAACAAGACGAUGGCUGCAAGGCUUUGCCUUUGUCUUUCUCAUUAGAGAAGAAUUGAACUAAAAAAAAAUGUUCAUCUGAUCUGUGUUCAAAACCUACGCUCUGAAAUAAAUUUUUUGCCCUGACGUUUCAAUUUUGACACCAAAUGUAUGAAUUUGUCAAAAUUUAUAUUGGGAGCAAGUAUCUCUGUGCUAGAUCUAGAGCGUAAGUUUAGAACGUACCUUUGUUUUUGUCCAAGUUUUCGUAAUAAUUUUCGUAAAAAGUUAAUUUUCUGGCUGACUUCUACCUGCUGUCAAAUGAAUUGACUAAUUGCGUACUGACACUUUUAGCCCAUCUAAUAAAUUCGGACAUUAUUAAUAAAUUUUGAUGUAUGUAGGUAAUGUCUUAUACUGAACUGGAACAUGGAUAUCAAGGGUUGCGACAAGCGUCUCGCCAACCACAGUUUUAUGUUGGGGAAGACGGUAACCUUGUUCCAAUAAGAUCAACGGUCACUUCCAUUAGUUAUCAGUGAUUUUUACAAUCAUGAUAAUAGAAACAUAAGCAAUUGUUGUGAGGAUAUGGAGUGGCAGUGGUUAAAAGAUUGGUGGCGGCUCAAAAGAUGGAGGAGUAAAAAGAAGAAAGAGGAAAAUGAUGAUGAGUUUUGUUACUGUGAUGAGUGUUUGCCUGAUGGCGAAUUAGAUUUGUGCGACCCUCUGGACCCGCAGUGCGAUGGCGGUGGCAAGAAGGUGGUGGUCGGCGUGUGCGCCAUGGCCAAGAAGUCGCAGUCGAAGCCGAUGAAGGAGAUUCUUACGCGUCUCGAUGAGUUUGAGUACAUUAAAAUGCUCGUCUUCCCUGAGGAGGUUAUCCUCAAGAAACCAGUGGAAGAGUGGCCUAUAUGUGAUUGUUUAAUAUCAUUUCACUCCAAAGGAUUUCCAUUAGAUAAAGCCAUUCAAUAUGAAAAGUUAAGGAAGCCUUAUGUCAUAAAUAAUCUACAUAUGCAGUAUGAUAUACAGGAUCGCAGAAGAGUGUAUGCAAUUUUAGAAAAUGAGGGCAUCGAAAUACCGAGAUAUGCCGUCUUAGAUAGAGAUUCACCAGAUCCUAAACAUCAUGAAUUAGUAGAGUCUGAGGAUCAUGUCGAAGUGAAUGGCGUUGUCUUCAACAAACCUUUCGUAGAGAAACCAGUGUCAGCUGAGGAUCAUAACAUUUAUAUCUAUUACCCCACUUCCGCGGGUGGGGGAAGCCAACGAUUGUUUAGAAAGAUAGGAAGCCGUAGCAGUAUUUAUUCACCAGAAUCUCGUGUUCGUAAAACCGGUUCUUUCAUCUACGAAGACUUUAUGCCUACUGAUGGUACAGACGUAAAGGUAUAUACUGUGGGGCCAGAUUAUGCGCAUGCCGAAGCUCGCAAGAGUCCAGCGCUGGACGGAAAAGUAGAACGUGACUCAGAGGGCAAGGAGAUUAGAUACCCUGUUAUAUUGUCCAAUCAAGAAAAGCUUAUAUCCAGGAAAGUUUGCUUGGCUUUCAAGCAGACCGUUUGUGGAUUCGAUUUAUUACGGGCCAACGGCAAGUCGUUCGUUUGCGACGUGAACGGGUUCUCAUUUGUGAAGAACUCGAACAAGUACUACGAUGACUGCGCGAAGAUACUCGGCAACAUGAUCCUGCGGGAGCUCGCGCCCACGCUGCACAUACCGUGGUCCGUGCCGUUCCAACUCGACGACCCACCUAUAGUCCCGACAACGUUUGGGAAAAUGAUGGAGUUGCGGUGCGUGGUGGGCGUGAUCCGGCACGGCGACCGCACGCCCAAGCAGAAGAUGAAAGUAGAAGUGCGACACCCUAGGUUCUUCGAGAUCUUCGAGAAGUACGAGGGCUUCAAGCGCGGGCACGUGAAGCUGAAGAAGCCGAAGCAGCUGCAGGAGAUUCUGGACAUUGCGCGCGCUCUCCUCGCCGACAUCCAUACGCGGCACGCCGACCCCGAGCUGGAGGAGAAGCAGGGCAAGCUGGAGCAGCUCAAGAGUGUGCUGGAGAUGUAUGGCCACUUCUCGGGCAUCAACCGCAAGGUGCAGAUGAAGUAUCAGCCUCGGGGGCGACCGCGCGGCUCCAGCUCUGACGACGUAGGGUGCGCGGGCGAGCCGUCCCUAGUGUUGAUACUGAAGUGGGGCGGAGAGCUAACGCCCGCGGGCCGCAUCCAGGCCGAGGAGCUGGGCCGCAUGUUCCGCUGCAUGUACCCGGGCGGGCAAGGCCGGCACAUACCAGGUGAAGGCGGCACCCAAGGGCUCGGUCUUCUGCGCCUGCAUUCUACUUUCCGUCACGACCUGAAGAUCUACGCGUCGGACGAGGGCCGCGUACAGAUGACCGCGGCGGCCUUCGCUAAAGGCCUGCUCGCGUUGGAAGGAGAACUCACACCAAUAUUGGUGCAAAUGGUUAAAUCCGCGAACACCAACGGGCUUUUAGACAACGACUGCGAUUCAUCUAAGGUGCAAAAUAUGGCCAAGGCACGCCUUCACGAGGCGAUGCAGGUUGACCGUGAGUUUACAGCCGAGGAUAGCGCCCGCAUCAACCCGUGCCAGUCGCUCAGCAUCCAGGCGGCCAUGCAGUUCGUCAAGAACCCGGCGCAGUGCUGUGCGCACGCGCACCACCUCAUACAGCGGCUCGUGCGCAUCGUGCUCGCCAAGAAGGACGACCCCAAGACCAAAGACACGAUACUAUACCACGGCGAGACUUGGGAGUUAAUGGGUCGCCGCUGGGGCAAGAUCGAGAAGGACUUUUGUAUGAAGAACAAAACUUACGACAUAUCCAAGAUCCCGGACAUAUACGACUGCAUCAAGUACGAUCUGCAGCACAACCAGCACACGCUACAGUUCGACCAGGCCGAGGAGCUGUACAUGUAUGCCAAGUAUCUCGCCGACAUUGUUAUACCGCAGGAAUAUGGCCUCACUAUGCAAGAAAAGCUUACAAUUGGACAAGGAGUAUGUACUCCGUUGCUAAAAAAGAUACGAGCCGACUUACAAAGGAAUAUUGAGGAAUCUGGAGAGGAGACAGUGAACAGACUGAACCCCAGGUACAGUCACGGGGUGUCGAGUCCGGGCCGGCACGUGCGCACGCGCCUGUACUUCACCAGCGAGAGCCACGUGCACUCACUGCUCACUGUACUACGCUUCGGUGGACUGCUGGACGUUUUGAACGAUGAGCAGUGGCGCCGCGCCAUGGAGUACGUUUCGAUGGUGUCGGAACUCAACUACAUGUCGCAGAUCGUGGUGAUGCUGUACGAGGACCCCACUAAGGACCCUUGCUCUGAGGAGAGAUUCCACGUGGAGCUUCACUUCAGUCCAGGUGUGAACUGCUGCGUCCAAAAGAAUCUGCCGCCUGGCCCAGGGUUCCGGCCGCACAGCCGCAACCAUUCUACGGCCAAUAACUCGAGUUCUUCAGAUGAAGUGAAAUGUAUAGAAGAGGAGAGUGAAGAUGACCAGAUGGCUAGUCAGGAAACUUUACAACCUGACAAUGCCGAUGAAUUAGAUAAUACAUUUUCGCCUAAAAAGUCGUCCAAGUCUAAAAUAAGGCCUUCGGAUCCAAUACCAAUUUGUAAUCUCCACUACACUGUAAGUGGUCACGAGGCGUCCACUCUGGCAGCGAGACUCACAGCUGAGCUACGAGCGCGCACUCACGAUGCCGACCAGAGCGAAGAGAAGGAAUCAAAAGAGGCCGAAGAAGCACCACCGAGAGCACGCAGCUACGACCAGCAUAAACAGAACAGCGACAACGAGUCGGACGAGACGAGCUCUGGCGGCGGGUUGCGCUACCGAGGAAUAUCGGCCGACAGCGACCAAGGGCGGCGGCAGCGGCACAGCAUCGCCGGCCAGAUGAGCUACCUCAAGAUGCUGGGGCUGGCGCGCGGCAAGCUGCCCGGCGGCGGCGCGGGGCUGUUCAGCACCGCCGUCAUCUCGGGCUCUAGCUCGGCGCCGAACCUGCGCGUCAUGAUACCGAGCAACGCCGCCAGUAAUACAGCGCUAGAAGGAUUCGGUGGGGUGCCUGCGAUCCGUCCGCUGGAGACACUGCACAACGCGCUGUCACUGCGGCAACUGGACGCGUUCCUGGAGCGAGUGACCGUCGCGCCCGUGCUGCUGGGCACGCCGCCUGCGCUGCCCGCGCAAAAACAACCCUCGCCCACCAACAGUGUGGGCUGGAGCGGUCCUUCCUCGCUGAUGUCGUCGUCGGGCGAGCUGCCCAGCGGACUGUCCUCGGCCGGGCCGUCGUCCCCGAACUCCAACUACGCGUCCGAUCACAACAAGAGCUCUGAUAGGGACACCCAGCUCGGACACGACAAUUGGAGUAAAACCGCGGCCUGCAAGCUCCCUCAGUGGGACGGCGAGGCUGCCACGCUGUGCGCGUACGACGCUAGCCUGCAUCCAUUCAUGCCGCACUCCGCUGUUGCAGGUUCAUCUAUUAGCGGGGAUUUGACGCCGGUGUCGUUGGCCUCCGAGUUGGAGUUUAACAGCAACGAAGCCACCGCCGGGUCACUCACCGACCACAACCUGCUUAGCACUGAAGGCGAAGAUGACGAGGAGACUUUAUCAGUAGAUACCAGCGACGCUCCAAUAAAACUAAUUAAAAAUGACCUCAGUCCACCGAACUUAGCAGGCCCGUCUUCAGCUCAUUGCGAAGUGUCGUCCACAAGCAACAAUCUUGAUUUUUACGGCCUUAAUGUUCAACUGGCUAAAGAGAACCUAUACAAAGAUAUGCCAUCUAGUAGUAAAAACUAUAACACUAACACUGAAAUUAAUAAAUGUUCUAAGGGGGAGACGAAUUAUUACAAUUUGGACUCACUGAAUUUGCAAAGUAAAAACAACUCCAAAUGUAAAUUUAAGAAAGACGAUCCAUUAAAUAGUAGCAGAAGAUAUAGCGACAGUAGCGCACAGAAGAAUAACCUCAAUCCACAUGGUUCGGUUGCUGGUAGUAGAUUUAAAACUACCUUAGUUGCUGAAGAAAUGUUAAUGCCGAGCACGUCGAGUAAGUCGAACAAUAAUUUCCUUGAUUUAACUGAACCUGAUGAACCAUUAGUUACGAAAGCAAAUAAUGUUACAGUGAAACCAGGCUUCACGAUUUCUGAAGAAAGCGGAAAGUGAGUUGGUAAAAAUAAACGACAUUAGCGAUAAGCUUUCGUAUUUUUUUACAAAUAUAGGCUGCUUUAUAAACAUAUAUAUAUACGUAUAUAGGUUUUAUAUUGUUAUUGUAACAAUGAAUAGGGCGAAUUACAGCUUAAUGUUUAUGGAAUAUUUGGUAUUCAAUCACAAAAAAAAAUCGUGAUACAUUUUCGGUACAGCACCUUUUGAGCACGAGAUUUUCUUGAUCACAAUUAUUUUGUGUAAAAUAUAUCUACCUAAACUAUAAACACAAUUAAUAGUGAAUAACACUUUCAGAUUGUGAACAUCACCAAGACUCGGCAGAAAUAUCAAUAUGAAAAUGUUUUGUGAUCAAGCUUUACAUAGUUUAUUAAUGUUUAAAAAUGAUCUUGUUUAAAUAUUGUA